UAUACUAACGGUGAGGCUGAUGUCAAGCUUAUCGUUGUUUUAUUUACAAUUCUGCUUUGCUCCAAAGUCGCUGCGUCAGCGAUCCUAGUCCAAUGGACCUGGGGACGGAAGUGGGGAGUAAUUCGCAUUGCCUUCACGCUUUCACGAUAUGUACCUUUUGCCGGUGCACUUAUGACCUCGUACUCCGCUGUCAAGACAUGGGGUACGCAAAAUUGUGCACCCUUUAACGAUGCUGUAAACGGCAUACAUUUCUUGGGCAUUAUUGCCUCGGAAGGAUUAUUGAUCGCCAGGGUCUAUGCCUUUUCUGGCAACAGCAAAGUAUAUCUUAUCAGCCUUCUCUCCUUUGGUUUGGCCAUCUUGGUGGCGUCUCUGAUUAUAAGUAUUGCUCCCAUCAAUUUGAACAUCCCAGGAGUCGCAGGCAAGGUCUCAAGGCGACAAUCAAUUCAAUACUCUUUCUCUGACAAUCUGCCACUAGUUCUCAUCUCCGUCACUGCAUUUUUGAGAUAUCGACACUACCUUGAGUCUCAUAGCACGCUAAUAAAGAGUAUCUAUCGCGAUGGACUCUUCUACAUGUUCUGUAUCACAAGUAUUGACACCAUCUUUAUUAUUUAUUUCCUCUCGUACAGCGAGACGCUAAACACACCUCAAAUUGUUGCGCACAGUGUUCUUGCUUCUCGAAUACUAUUCAACCUUCAAGUGAGCAGGGAGACACCAAGCUUUCCCACCGAGCGAUCGUCUUCGAUGGAAAUGCUAUCCCGUCCACAUGAGCUUCAAGCAUGGUCUGAAGGCAGCGAGACGGUUGCUGGUCCUGUCCAGCCAGAUUGGCAACCUUAG